AAUUUUCGAAUAGUGAUAAAAAAAACCUUUAUAAACUAGGUCUGCGAAGCGAAGAAACAUUCUAGUGAGAACUUCCACUACGAACAAGUCAAAAUGGCGUUCAAGGUUGUGAUCCUCUGCGCUUUCGCCCUUCUGGUCCAGUCCAUCUCCGGACAGAGCUGUGGUUGCUCGUGCGGGUCCGGCCGCUCUGGCGGAUACAGCAGCUCCGGCUCUAUUGGGUCCGUGAGCUAUAGCAGCUCCAUCAGCGGCAACUCCAUCUCCAUCUCCAGCAGCGGCGGCGACCUCCCCAUCACCAGCGUCGGCCCCAUCUCCCCCUCCGGCAUCGCCGUCUCCUCCGACCUCGGCCUGAGCGGAACCUUGGACGUUAACGGGCAACUGCCGUUCCUGAGCGCCGUGGAGUUCUCGGGCAAGUACGACACCAGCGGCUCGGCGUGCGUGGACUACAGCUGCGGCAGCUGCGGGAACGUGGCCAUCACCAGCGUGCAGGGCGGCUCCGGCUCCGGUUGCGGCUGCGGCUGCGGACGUCCGCAGCCGCAGCCGGAGCCGGAGCCGCCCUGCACGCUGGUGAUGGCCACGUUCCCGCAGCUGCCGCAGCUGCCGAGGUCGGAGGAGACGGCGAUGCCGGAGGGGGAGAUGGGGCCGACGCUGGUGAUGAGGAGGUCGCCGCCGCUGCUGGAGAUGGAGAUGGAGUUACCGCUGCUGGAGCUGCUGGAGCUUUUAGAGCUGCCAUAUGAGCAGCCGCAUUUCUGGCCAGAGAUGUCAGUGAUGAGCCAGCGCUGCUGCGGCUCCAGCAGCAGCUACGGUUCCAGCAUCGGCUACGGGUCCAGCUCCGGCAGCAGCUGCGGCUCGUACGGCGGGCAGGGCUGCGGACAGGUGGGCGCGGCCGGCACCAUCGACGCGUGCGGCACCACCUGCGUCACCGGCGCCGUGCCCGUGCUCGGCGACGUCUGCUUCGGCGGCUGCGCGCCCGCAUGCGGCUCCGUCUCUAUUUGCGGACAGUGCGGAUGCGGAUGCAACUAAAUAGUUCUACCGUGAUGAACCACACUGCACUUCAAUAAUACAAUAAACGUUUUAUGACUAAA